AUGACUCGUGCCGGACAAGCCGCGGACCCUUCGCCGCUAGGUCAACCCUUGGACUUUCACUUCGCCGGGCGCUCCGCCCCAAAUCGUUUCCUCAAGGCCGCCAUGAGUGAGCGGAUGUGUUCGUGGUCGGAAGAGAACCACUCCGCUCGCGGCAUACCCAGCAGCGAGUUGAUAGAGACGUAUCGUACCUGGGGACGGGGGAACAUAGGAGCAAUUGUGACUGGGAAUGUCAUGAUCGAUCCCAACCAUAUCGAAGCAGAGGGAAACCCGAUAAUCCCGCCGAACGCUGUAUUCUCUGGAGAACGGUUUGGUCAGUUCGCGAAUUUAGCUGCUGCUGCCCGUGCAAAUGGAUCCUUAAUAUUGGCACAGAUUAGCCAUCCAGGGCGCCAGACACCCUCCCACCGUCAACCGGAGCCCAUCAGUGCCAGCGAUGUGCCACUGGAGAACCAGAAUAUGGGAAACAGCUUUGCCGCUCCUCGGGCUGCUACGGAGGAUGAUAUUCAAAAUAUAAUUACGGGAUUUGCUCAUGCGGCUGAGUUUCUCGAUAGAGCCGGAUACGAUGGGGUCGAAUUGCAUGCAGCGCACGGCUAUCUACUCAACCAGUUUCUCUCACGAGCGACGAAUCUCCGAACGGACAAAUACGGAGGCAGUCUUACCAAUCGCAUGCGUUUGAUUUUAGAGAUCCGUGCAGCAAUCACGGAGAAAGUCCGUCCGGGCUUUAUAGUUGGGAUCAAAAUUAACAGUGUCGAGUUUCAGCCAAAUGGGAUUGUUCCUGACGAGGCCCGCCAGCUGUGUCGUGUGCUUGAAGAGCACCAAUUCGACUUUGUUGAAUUGUCUGGGGGAAAAUAUAAGAACUUGGAGGCGGAUGAUAAUGCAAAGCAUGUCAUAUCGAAGGUACACGAGGCUUUCUUUCUCGACGUUGCUGAAAAGGUUGUUUCCUCCCUGACGAAGAUGAAGUCUUACCUUACAGGGGGAUUCCGCUCCACGGCUGGAAUGGUUGAUGGUCUGCAGACCGUUGAUGGCAUUGGUCUUGCACGUCCACUCUGUCAGGAGCCAUUCCUUUGCCACGAUCUAUUAAGUGGCAGGAUCCCUAGCGCUAUAAUGCCGAUUAUGGAUCAGCUCAAUUAUCAGCUCACUGUUGCAGCAGCAUGCAUCCAAAUAAGACAGAUCGGCAACAAGGUGCAGCCGGUGGAUCUGAGCUCGCAGAACGCGGUAGAUGCAGUCACUGUAGCGAUUGAGGCCUGGCUGGUGAGAAAGGCAAUUGACCGGUCCGAAGAGGCGUUCAAGCCCCCAUUUUUGUCUGAAGAUGCGGCUCCCUUACCGGUGGAAGGGUAG